GUUACCCGACACAUUGUUGCUGCAAAACACAUGAAGCGUGGACACGGAACCCCGGAUGAGUAACCGCCGCUCCGCACACACAACAGAUGAUAUGACAGAAGGUUCUGCUUUGUCUACGGACUCAGCAGAGCUCACCCAGCUGCACCGUGACCGCGCGUCACCAGGUGCCAUGCUGGGAGCACAUCCUCCAGCGCUCCCAAGCUCACCACUGCCAGGACCCUGCAUUGCCACCCCAGAAAGAGCCCUUCCCCUGAGGUGUGCAUGCCUACAGUGCCCUAAAGUGCAAGGUCUCCACAUGCUUCUUCCCCGCUAGAAGAGCAACUGUCCAGUGAAGCCCCUCAGUUUGUCCCUGCAUGUGCCACGUCUCACCACCCCCCGACCCCUCCAGCCGCCAUGUUGUUGGGGCUCUGCUGGCGCAGGCACAAGUGCAGCGGCGUGAGCGCCCUCAUCGUGCUCUCUGUCUGCACGGCCUGCGCAGGUCUGCUCCUUCUGCUGUCCCGGCUGCGCGAGGGCACGGAGGAGCUGCUCAGGCAUAAACAGCACUGCAGGCAGCAGGAGGAGGCACUGUCUGUUCAGCUGCAGGUGGUAUAUGAGCAUCGCUCCCGUCUGGAGAGAUCUUUGCAGAAGGAGAGAGCAGAGCACAAGAAGACAAAAGAAGAUUUCCUGCAGUACAAACUAGAGAUCCAGGAGGCACUGAACAAGGAAAAGAACCAGCUCGUAGAUCUGCACAGCCAGCUGCAGUUGCAGCAGAAAGAGCAUGGACAACAACACCUUGCUCAGCUCAAAUCCCUUGAAGACUGCCAGCAGCGGGCAGCACUACUGCGCACGGAGAGCCAGGGACAAAUCUCAUCACUGCAGGACCUGGUGGUGAAGUUGCAAGAAGAGAGCAAGCUGUUGAGACACUCUCACCAGGACAUGCAUCAUAGGCUGCUGAAUGCUCAGGCCCGAGUGGAAGAGCUCCAGCGGGUUCGGAAGACCUUUCCCAAGAAACCUGGCCAACCUGCAACCUGGCGGGAGCAGGAGUUCAUCACAGGCUUCCUUCAGCUUGACCAUAAGACCACUACUGUUCAUCAUCCUGAAGAGAAGUCACUGCGCACUGUGACCGAAGCCCCAGGGAAAAUCCAUCCCAUCAGCCAAAGGGGCCUGUCUGUCAGAGAUGUGGAGAAAAGAGGAACUGCUGGGACUAAUGAGUUGGAGGGUGCAAGAGCAGAGAUCCCUGAUGAUGAAAGGGAUUUUGGUGGAAGGCGAGGGGAUGAAGGACUGGAAAUCGCAAUUCAUCAGCUUGUGGACGGGGUGUGUGAGGUGAGCUCGAGGUAGGACAAAGACUUCUUUCUUGUCAGUCGGACCACGUUGCUGUUAACAGUGUCUCGCGUG